AUGUCCGAAUUCAAUAGAAACCCGCCACGGAAAUUAUUCACCCUAGUUUUUGUAAAAAGUAGGAAUCGUUUAUUGUUGGGACUAAAAAAACGGGGUUUUGGAGUUGGGAAGUGGAAUGGUUUUGGGGGAAAAGUAGAUCAAGGUGAAACCGUAAUCGAAGGAGCCGUUCGAGAGCUACAAGAAGAAUGUGGGUUGGUUAUCCCGAUCACCAAUUUAAAUCAUCUAGGUUGCAUCGUUUACAAAGAUGUAGAUUACGAUCGUGAAGUGCACAUCUUUACAACUGAAAUAAAGGAAGUGAAAAAAUUAAAUAUCAUUGAAUCGGAUGAGAUGUGCCCUAAAUGGUUUAACUUUAAUGAAAUUCCUUAUGAUCGAAUGUGGGAUGACGCUAAACAUUGGACAAACUAUGUUUUAACGGACACAAAAAUAGGAUGUUAUGUUUUUUUUUAA